AUGAGCACCAGCCAAGGCCCUUUCCAGUUUUUUUCUGGGUCCCUCAGGGGCAGUUCAGGGUGUGGUCUGGCCCAGCAAGGGCCUCCUUACAGAGCUGCAAGUGCAGAUGGUGGUGCCAGCAGCACACAUGCCUCCUUCUCCUCCACCAGACCCCUCUGGCUGGCUGCUGGAGCAGGGGCACCUUGGGGAGGCUUCGGCGAGCACCAUGGGGAAAGCAUCUUCCUGGGUGGGAAUGAGAAACAGACUAUGCAAAACCUGAAUGACCGUUUGGCUGCCUAUCUGGACAAGGUGCGCUCCUUAGAAGCAGCCAACGCUCAGCUGGAAAGCUGCAUCCGGGAAUGGCACAAGACAAAGUCUCAUGGAAAGAGGCAUGACUUCAACCAAUACGAGCAAAAUGUCACUGACAUGCAAAGACAGAUUGAGGAUGGCAAGAUCACCAAUGCCAGUAUCCUUUUACAAAUUGAUAACGCUAACAUGGCAUCUGAAGACUUCAGGCUCAAGUAUGAGGCAGAGAAGGCACGCAGGCAGGGAGUGCAGCUCGAUGUGGAGAACCUGCGCAAGGAGCUCGACGGCCUGACCAUUGUUACGACAGAUCUGGAAAUGGAAAUUGAAGGCCUGAGAGAAGAGCACAUCCUCAGGAGGAAAGACCACGAGGAGGACAUGGAAGCAAAUCGCUCAUCACAAGACUUCAAAGUCAAUGUAAAAGUAAAUGCAGCACCUCCUGAAGACCUGGGCAAGAUUCUAGCAGAAAUAAGAGAAGAUUAUGAAGCCAUAAUUGAAAAGAAUCGUCAAAGCCUGGACAGCUGGUACAAAGAACAGAGUGCAGCUACGUCUCCAGCAACAACCCCGAACCCAGACCAGGUGCAGCGCAGUGAGAACGAGAUCAAGGAUCUGACCCGGACCUUGCAGGCCCUGGACAUCGAGCUGCAGGCCCAGAUGAGUAAGAAACACAUGCUGGAAGACACCUUGGCUGACACUCGGAAUUAUUACGCUGUUGCGCUUCAAAACAUGCAGCAGAUCAUCUCCAAGUGCGAGGAAGAGCUCAGCCAGGUUCGCCAUGACAUUAAGCAGCAAAAUAACCAAUACAAGGUUCUUCUUGGGAUCAAAACCCGCCUGGAGAAGGAAAUUUCCACGUACCGCCUGCUGCUGGAAGGGAAUGCUGACGGGAUAGCAAGAAAAUCUGAAUCAAAAGAUAAAGGUAAAGGCCCCUUACUUUGUUCUCUAUAG